GAGCGCAGAGGGUUUGUGUUGUUCGGCUGUUUACGGCGGUGAUCUGGACUGAAGGAAAUCUCCGUACGGAAGGACAGCGAUGGAAAUUUCAUUCUAGAAAUGCAAAUUAAAAAUUAUUCCGGAGCCUCUGGGAUUGCUUCAAUAGCUUCAAGAAAAAUAAAGGAAGAAAAAAAAGAAGAAGAGGAUUGCGGCGUUUGGUGUGCGGAACUAAUUUGCACUUGGGUUGUGUUUAGGUCGGACUCUUUUUUUGUUUGGUUGUAACGUUGGUACGGUUCACUACAAAUUAAAGGCUAAUUUGGAAUACAUUUAAAAUAAUACAGUAAACUUUUACAUUUACAUGUAUAUUUAGUGCAUAAUGUAUAAUAAAUGUUUAAGAGCAAAUUAAAAAACGUGCUUAUUAGAAAGAUUUAUCGUCGCGGAUAAAGCAGCUUAUUUCAACUUCCGGUUCCGGUUUUAGUGUAAGCUUGCGUAUUUUGGUUUCGACGCUGAAACGGCGUGUGGUCAUUUAACCCACCGGUGAAACCGUGAUCAACCGUUUCGGAACAUUUUUAAGCGAUUUCGAUAGACAGAAUGCAGCGGCCACAUUUCCGAUCUCCGUAUCCAGCAGCUGGUCAGAGGGGUGGAGGAUUUCGGACUCCUCCGCCCGCUAUGGACAGGGCAGGGGGCAGCAGGUUUCCCUCUCCGCCCUGGGCUUUCCCGAACGGGCCGUACGGACCCAGGUUCGGGUCGUAUGGCGGUUCUCCGGUGACACACACCUCGCCAAGAGAGUUUAGCGGUAAUAGAGGCGCUGGUUGCGGGAUAUAUAACACCAAGUCCCCGGGACACACACCGCGCAGAUCGAACGGUAGUCCGAGUUCCAGACACUCGCCAUAUCAGAGUCCAGGAGCACACAGCGGAUAUCAGGGUUCUCCGCGGACAUCCACGCCGUACGGCAGGGACAGAGGCACAAACGAUAUGGAUAAGUAUUACAAAGCGUCCAUGCUCCAGGACCCGUGGGCUAACCUCCAGCCCGUUUCAGUGACCCAGACCCAGUCCAAAUGCAGCUCCCAGCAGGCCACACACACAGGCAGGACAGGGAGGUACUACAACAAAAACUCCACUGCUUAAACAGACUUAUUUUUCUUUUCCCACCAUUAAUAUUUUAUUUUAGAAUUUUUUUGGACACAACAAACCCGGACUUGGACUCACCAGCAGCAGUAACACUUCCAGUGCUCACUGUUUACAGCAUUUUCUUUUUUAGAUUUUAUAUCCUGGAUAUCUCUAUCCUAUUGUACAUUUUUGUACAUUUUUAAUUUGAAGUAUAGGAUCCAAACAGGCGUACUGGCUCACACACACUAAAGAAUGGUUGUGCUUUACCUCUCCAUCAGCUUCUAAACUGGAUUUCUUAGAAUUCCCAUCGUAGUGUUUUCAUCACUUCACACUAAAAUGUGUGUUAAAUCAGGAAAAAGGAAAAACCACAACAUCCGAACUUGAACACAUCCCAGCUUCCUUGUCAGGGAAUUGUUCGGGAUAAAUAAUCAUUGCUCUGUGUGUGUGUGUGUGUGUGUGUGUGUACAGCAUUAAGAGGUCUAAUCUACCUCUGACCCCAUGCUGUUAAACUCAACCAGCACAACCUUUUUCUAGAUUUUAUUCUAAUUUUGUACAUUCUGUAAAAAAAAAAAAAACCUUGGCUUUUUGUCUUUCAUUUUAUUUCAGACCUGUAAUUUUUUUUUUGUUAAAAACAAAAGAAAAGUUAGAAAAAUGUUUUGUUUUUUUUUUUAGUAUUUUUUUUAACUUUCUCAGGGUUUCCUAAAUGCUUAGGUACCUCAAUCGAGUUGCUCUUAACUUGGGGUAAAAAAUAGAGACUGUAUUUAAACCCUUUUGUCGAUGUUUUUCCUCCGUGAUGUGAUUUACUGACUUGGAGGCAUCUUUUAUGUUCCACAGACAAAAAAAAAAACAAGAACAAAAAAAACACACGACUGUUUUAUAUCUUAAAAUUCUUUUUAAAAAAAGUUUCUGUAAAUCCUUUCGCCAUUCAUAAAUAUAUUUCAGUCA